AUCUUUAUGCUCUACAGUCCCGGAUAGUGAAGGUGACAGAUUUCUGGCCGAAGUUUUUUCAUUGUUUUCGUUGGGGUAUACAAAAUCUGAGUUCUUUUGGCCAAAAUCUACAAACAAGUACAUAUAUCUGGGAGAACUGCUUUGCAGUGUUCAUUUCAAUCUUUGGCUUGGUGCUAUUCUUGUUUCUCAUCGGAAAUGUGCAGAUUUAUCUUCAGUGUAAAACUAUGAAAUUAGAGGAGAUGCGUUUGGCCACAAGAGAAAUAAAGCAAUGGAAACCCUUCAAAAAGCUUCCUCGUAAACUUCGGAGGAAAGUAAAUGAACAUCAGCAGUACACAUGGCAUCACACCAGAGGUGUUAAUGUAGAGAAGCAGCUACAAAAUCUUCCCAAGGAAUUAACGAAAGAUAUCAAGAGGGAGCUCUGUCUAACGCUGCUCAAAAAAGUGAAGUCAUUUUGUUCGAAGGGAGAAAAACUGUUGGAUGCACUGUGUUUUUGUGUCAGACCAGUACUAUUUAUCGAGCACAGUCACCUUAUUGAGACAGGAGACAGAGUUAAUGAGAUGCUAUUUAUUGUUGAAGGCAAAUUACAAGUCUCCAGCAGCAGCAGUAAUGAAAUAGUUCACUUAAAAGAUGGUGAUUUUUGUGGAGAGGAACUUGUAGAAUGGGUUCAGGAUUCCAACUCACCGCCUCUCCCCGUCUCAAGCAGAUCCAUUCAAACCCUUACUAAAGUGGAAGCCUUUGCCCUCCAAGCUAGGGACAUGAAACGCAAUUGGGAUGCUAUACGCAACCAAGCAGCUGCACGUCUUUCUUCAGCCUGGCGCCGUAGCAAGAGGGCUCGGGAAGUAAGCAGGACAACUAUAGAUAUUCACGUCUCCAUGGUCCAUGUGAAAUAAGAACAAGCUGUAGCAGCUGUCAUAAUUUCAUUUAGAAAGGAUAAUGAUUUUGGUUGUGUUAGUAAAGACAGAUGAAUUUAUUUUCUCCAAAUCCAGCAGGCCGAGAUGGAUUGCGUAAGCAUGUUCAUUCACAAUCUGUAAAAGAUAAGGUAGUCAAAAACUUGUCACGUUCUGGUAGCAGCAUCAACAAGUCCUUGAGUUUUAGCACUGAUGAAUCUGGUAGUUCAUAGCUUGUGGCUUCAUCCUCACAGACAAGUCAGCAGCCUCGCUAGAAGCACAGUCUGUCAUUUCUGAGUAACAUCAGGUUAGUACAAUCUAUCUUGUGUUUUAGAUAGCUGCUGUAGUUGUUGACUUGAGAUCAUUCAUGGCAUAGAAGCCUACUUAACCGGUUUUGUUAUGCAUCCUCACGCCCCAAUUAUGCAGAAGAGUAAGAAAAUGUAGCCUUUGUU